AUGGGUAUUAAAAUCAGUGGGAAAUUCUCUGACAAACUGGCCGGUCAGCUGAUCAAAGCCGUCGAUGACGGUCAGAAGCUGGAGAUUAAUGACCCCGAAGAGGUUGGACAAUAUGUUUUCACCGUCUUGGCUGGGGCUUGUGGUCUCGUUCCUGGUAUUGGGACUGGCCUCAGCGCAUUUGUCUCUUUAAUGUGCGGUUUCCUUGUUCAACCCAAUUCGAUUGACAAGAUCUGGGCAAAGCUUCGUGACCGCAUCGAGGCACUCGUUGAUGCCAAGAUCACUGCAGCUCAAAUGGAGAUUCUGAAACAAAUUCUAAAAAACUACGAGGAGGAGUCGGCGGAGGAAAAGAAAAAAGCACGAGACACGCUAAAAAUCACUCACAUUGCUUUUUUGAACCUAACAACGGCUGCUAUUCCUGGGUUCCGGAUCGAGACCUAUGCAGUGGUUUCUCUUCCCUUGUUUGCUCUUGCAGCUAACAUCCACCUCGCGCUAUUAGUCGAUGGCAUCAAGUAUGGCAAAGACUGGGGCUACUCCGUCAAAAACAUUGAGACCUUGCGUGCUGAGUUUGACCAUAAAACGGCGCCCAAGAUUGGCAUUCCGCCGGUAAAACACAUCGCUUCAGAACAGAGCCAUUUGCUCAAAGAGGCCAUUGCCACAGCCACCGACUUGGAUAUACCGACCAAGAUAGUCGAUACUUGGAAAACUGCAUAUGCUGACCUUGUUGCUACUACGUCGGGAUCCACUGGGGAUGAGGGCAACUAUGAUGAGCUCGACUAUGUAACCUACGUCAACAGGAUCUAUCAGAAAGGUCGCGGACAAGUCAAGAUUCAGGAUCCACCAGUCACUGAUCGCGAAAACCCAGGAGCUGGUGAUGCAGCCAAGCUCAGAGCAUACGCAGACUACGACUCUGGCAUGAUCAUGAACGUACUCAACUAUGCCGAGUUUUGGCCGUACCUGGCAGAAGGCAAGAUACCCGAGUCUGUUUUGAAAACCUUGGACCGUGAGAUAUUCUUUGGUCCGUUUGGCCGCUACACAACCUAUGCUACAUGGAGCGACACGAUUGGACCCUCUAUCACUGACCGGGGUCCUCCCAUCACUUCAGUAUACGUGAGGGGAUAUAAUGAUAUUGACGGGUUGAAGAUAAAGUACGGACAGAAUUGGGGUCCUGAAUUUGGAUCGAUGAAUGAUGGCGAGGCUCAACAGCUUGACCUCGCAGAGGACGAAUACUUCUAUUUUAUUAGUGUUUGGUAUGGUCAAAAGCUCGGAGGUGUGAAGUUUUGGAACAAUAAGGAUAAGGGUUUAGUAAGCGGCAAGUCAAUGAAUGGGUCGCACUAUGGACGUGCUGCACCGCCGGGCUAUAGGUUGACAAGCGCCUACAUUACCAAGUGGGAAAGGUCAACUCCACCGGGUUGCGAAGGUCUUAUAUUGGGCUUCAGACCAUCUAUGAUUGAGUGGAAACCUGACGACAAAUCUGGAGGAAAGGAUGCAUAG